AUGUCAAUAUCAGUUGACAGUAACAAUCUUAGUUUUAUUAACGAUUUGAAUCCUGGGAAGGAUAUGUGGAACAUGAAAGCGAGAAUUAUUCGAAAAUGGAAUCAGGGUUACAAGAUGGAUCUCAUUUUCAUUGAUGAAAAGCUUCAAGAAAAUGUUGUUGUGAUUUUGACGAAAUUUGGUGUUGGUGAGAAUAAAGAUUUAUAUAAAGUAGUAGUGCAGCCUUAUAAAAUCAACUUUUAUAGAUGCACAACUGUUACUCCUGUGAGAGAUUGGCAAGGUGUUGAGUAUGAUUUCAACUUCAGAGCUUAUGAAGAUAUUCUUCAAGGAGAGGCAUUAAACGCUUUGAGUGUUGGUGGUGUAUAUUUUUGUGAAUAUACUGUUCAAAGUGAUAAGUUUGCAACACGGAUUUUUCUGAAUGAAGAAAUUGAUGAAGUUAAUGAGCUAAGGAGGAGGCUUAUACUGAAGUUUGGACAAGGGAGUGGUUCUACUUCUCAAACAAUACUAUCGUCUCAGAGUGUUUUUUCAUUGCAUAAAGAAUUUGUAACAGAUGGUGUGAAGAAACAUGUUGAUGAGAUUAAUGAGAUAGAAAAGGAAAUGUCUUGUGUUGUGGUUGCGACAAUUAAGAUUAUGCAAGAAGAGUAUGGUCGGUUUUAUGUUGCCUGUCGUAAGUGUUUCAAGAAGGUGAUGGGUAAACGUGAAUACUUGCAGAAUGUUGAAAAUGUUUCAGAUGAUAUUGUUCGAUUGCCUGCGACUUAUUUGGUUCAAGGUGCAGUCCGGGUGCAGGAUGAGAGUGGUAGUGUUUCUUUUGUUAUGUUUGAUAGAAAUGUUCAAAAGCUUCUUGGAUUAGCGGCGAGUGACAUAAGAGAGAGGCAGGUUAAGGCCAAUGAUACUGGAUUCCCUCAUGAGAUAUUUCGAUUGGUUGAUAAGAAGGCUGCUUUUAAGAUUGAUGUUUCAGAGUUCAAUCAUAAAAAUGACUAUCGUGUUUAUACUGUGCAAAAAACAUGUGAUGAUCCAGUAAUAAUUGCUGAGUUGGUUGGUGGAGAUGGUAAUGGUGAUGAAAAUACUGAUGAGGUUACUCAAGAGGUAGCUGACAUUAAAGAUGUUAACCUUUCAGAAUCUUCCCAGGUGUCUGCUGAACGAACUUCAAGGGAUGCUGUCUCUGUUACUUCCGACUCUUCAGCCGUUGAAGUUGAAAAGGAUUCUGGAUCAAGUCCCAAUGGAAAGCGGAUGGUUCAAGAUGCUGAUGUUGUCAAUGUUGGUGAACUAUCCAUUAAUGUGAGAAGAACCUGGAAGAAACUGACUAAGGUUAACAAUUAG